AUGAAUAAAUAACGCAAGACACAAUUGGAGGAAUUGCAAGAGAAGGAGAGUAGCUUUGGUAGAGUGUUCAAAGUGGCUGGUCCAUUGGUCGUUGCAGAGAAGAUGGCAGGAGCUAAGAUGUUUGAGUUAGUGAAAGUAGGUUGGGACAAAUUGGUUGGUGAAAUCAUUAAAUUAGAAGGAGAUAAUGCAUCUAUUCAAUGUUAUGAAGAUACAUCUGGUUUGACAGUGGGUGAUCCUGUGAUGAGAACAAAGUCUCCUCUUUCAGUCGAAUUAGGACCAGGUAUUUUGACCUAAAUUUUCGAUGGAAUUUAAAGACCAUUAUAAGUCAUAGCAGAAUAAUCAUCUUCCAUUUUUGUGCCCAGAGGUGUUGAUAUUCCAGCACUGGAUCAAGAUAGAAUCUGGGAAUUCAAACCAUCUUCACUAGUCAAAGUAGGUUCAAUGAUCUCUGGAGGUGACAUCUAUGGAUCAGUCUUUGAAAACAAUCUUUUCGAUGAGCACAAGAUCUUGACAGCCCCCAGAGUCUAAGGCAGAGUCACUUACAUUGCACCUGAGGGCAAUUACACACUAAAAGACAAAGUUCUAGAAGUAGAAUUGGAUGGCAAGAAACAUCAAUAUGGAAUGAGUCACUUCUGGCCUGUCAGACAACCCAGACCCAUCAUUGAGAAAUUGUAAGAGUACCUUGAUGCACUCUAUCCAUCAGUCUUGGGAGGUACUUGCUGUAUUCCAGGAGCAUUUGGAUGUGGCAAGACUUGUAUUUCUUAAGCACUCUCUAAAUAUUCAAAUUCUGAAUGUAUCAUUUACGUUGGAUGUGGAGAAAGAGGAAAUGAGAUGGCUGAAGUGCUCAGUGAAUUCCCAGAAUUGACUAUUCAAAUGAAGGGCAAGGAAGAAAACAUUAUGUAACGUACUUGUUUGGUUGCUAACACUUCCAAUAUGCCAGUCGCUGCCAGAGAAGCCUCCAUCUACACAGGAAUUACAUUGGCAGAAUAUUUCAGAGAUAUGGGUUUCAAUGUGUCUAUGAUGGCUGAUUCUACUUCCAGAUGGGCAGAAGCCUUGAGAGAAAUCUCUGGUAGAUUGGCAGAAAUGCCUGCAGAUCAAGGUUAUCCUGCUUAUUUGGCAUCUAAACUCGCUCAAUUCUACGAAAGAGCCGGAAGAGUCAGAUGCAGAGGUUCACCUGACAGAGAAGGAUCCAUUACUAUUGUCGGUGCUGUGUCACCUCCAGGAGGAGAUUUCACAGAUCCUGUUACUACUGCCACUCUUACAAUUGUCUAGGUCUUUUGGGGAUUGGAUAAGAAAUUAGCACAAAGAAAGCAUUUCCCAUCUGUCAAUUGGACCAUUUCCAAUUCCAAUUAUGAAAAGAUUCUUGAACCAUAUUUCAAUGCCUUUGAUCCAGAGUUUUCUCAUUUGAGAAAUCAGAAUUAAAUGAAAUUGUCCAAUUGGUCAGGUAGAGAUUCCCUUUCAGAAGAUCAAAAGUUGUCAUUGGAAAUUGCUAAAAUUAUCAGAGAAGAUUUCUUAUAACAAGAUGCUUUCAGUAAAUAUGAUUACAAUUGUCCACUUUACAAAACUAUUGGUAUGAUGAGAUGCAUCGUUUCCUUCUUUGAAUGUGGUAAAAAGGCCAUUCUUGAAUCUUCAGGAGAUGCUAAAAUUACUUGGAAUAUCAUAUUGAAUCAAACUAAGCCUCAAUUUGUCAAGCUAUCAUAGAUGAAAUUUGAGGAUCCAAAAUAACCAAAAUAAGAAUUAAUGAAUUAUUUCACUAAGUUUGUUGAUGAAAUUAAGUCAGCAUUUAGAAAUUUAACAGAUAAAUGAGUAUUAUUAACAUUACAUAAACAAUUAUUAUUAUAUUCUCAAAUGUAUAAAUCAAAAACAAAA